UCGACUUUUUCCAGUUGAAUGAAUUCGAAACGUGCCGAGGACUCCAUUGCAAACUACACCAUCAUUUUCUUCUUCUUUCCCUUCAAAUUUCUCCUGCCCUCUUCCUCACUUCAACAAACCAACAUUCAGACUGAAUUCCAAUACUUUCUUCUCAAUCUACUAGAACCACUUUGCUUUGAUUGCAUCUCUCUCUGAUAAGUGGAAUCUUGCAUCCACCGAAUUGUUUCAUCUUCCACUAAGGUUACUUUCUCCAAAAAAAAAAGGCUUAACCUUGCACUCUCACUCAUGGCUUUCAUAAACCCAGUUGCAGAUUUUGUUACAAAAUACGUGUUUGACCUAUGUAUUCGGCAGAUCUGUUAUUUAGUGCGAUUGAGGAAGAAUAUUGAGAAGCUGGAAAGCAAAACGAGAGAGCUAACAAGCAAAAAGAAUGACACAGAUAGUGCCCUAGCAGCAGCUGCUAGGAGAGAGGGAAGAAUCCCCACCGAGCGAGCGAAAGAAUGGCUCGAUUCAGUAAGUGUAAUCGAAGCAGAAGCCGUUCGGAUUAAAGAUGAGUAUGAGCAAAGACGCCUGUGCCCCGAUUGUUGGUCUCGUUACAAACUCAGCAAGAGAGCUGUCAAUCUCGUGGAAGAUGUCGACUACAAGUUAGCAAUGGAGAUUGGUGCAUUGUCUACCUCUCCACCUCCAGAGCGUGCUGUACAGUUGGAAACCACGCCCAUCCCAAGCCAACCUACAGCUCAAAAAGCAUUACAGGAGGUUCUCAACUGCAUACAUGACGACCAAAUCGGGAUCAUCGGAGUGUACGGUAUGGGAGGAGUAGGUAAAACAACUCUUGCCAAAGAGGUAAACAAUCAAUUGCAGUCCAAUACUAAUUUUGAUAUUGCGAUAUGGGUCACUGUGUCUAGCUAUCCAGAUCUAUCAGGCUUGCAGAAGAGGAUUGGAGAGCGAUUGGGUCUGGAUUUGUCGAAUUGCAGUUAUGAGACGGCCCGGGAGAAGCUACUGACUAAGUUGAGAGGAAUGAAGUUUGUAGUGAUAUUAGAUGACAUUUGGAGUCCUUUGUCACUCGAAGAUGUCGGAAUUCCUCGACCAACCAUUGAGAAUGUUGGGUGCCAGAUUCUCCUAACCAGUCGAAUCCGAGAAGUUUGCAGUGACAUGGAUGCCAAGCCGGUGAUCCUAGUAGCACCACUCUCGAAGGAGGAAGCAUGGGCUCUAUUUGUCGAGAAAUCAGGUUCACAUUCUACUUUGCCGAAAAUAAAACCAGUUGCCGAAGCUAUUGUUGAAUGUUGUGAUGGGUUGCCCCUAGCGAUCAUCACGGUCGCACGAGCCAUGGCAAACCAUUUGAAAGUGGAGGAGUGGGAGGAUGCCCAACGGGAGUUGAAACAGUCGGGCAGUGGUGUUAGAGGUAUGGAUGAACGCGUAUAUAAGCCCUUAAAGUUCAGUUAUGAUAAAUUAGAUGAUGAUGAUCUUAGAUCUCUCUUCUUGUUCUGCGCUUUAUACCCUGAAGACUAUAUCAUGAGGGAAUAUGAACUUUUAAAUUGGUGCAUUGGGGAAGGAUGGGUAGAUAGGGUAGGUGAUCUGAAUUCUGCCAUUAAAAAGUUGCCUACUUUAGUUAGAAGGUUAAAACUAGCAUGCAUGCUCGAAACUGGAGAUGAAGAAGGCUCGGACCUUGAUGAUGAAAUAACAGUGAAGAUGCAUGACGUGUUGCGGCACAUGGCUCUAUGGAUCACUUCUAUUAGGUCGAGGUCGGGGCAAGGUGCCAAAUUCUUAGCACUGCCUAGGGCUGGUCUGAGUGAGGCGCCAGAUGCCUCGAAAUGGAGUGAGGCAGACAGAAUAUCCUUGAUUGAAAACCAUUUAAAGGCCCUUCCUCCGUUGCCUGAAUGCCCAAAACUGGUAACACUACUGCUUCAGCGAAAUCGGGAUCUAUCGUACAUCCCACCCGAGAAUUUCUUUGAACGCCUGCGUGCCCUCCGGGUGCUUGAUUUGAGUUAUACCCGUGUUUCAUCCCUCCCAUGUUCUAUUUCAAAGUUAGAGAACCUCCUUGUGCUCCGGUUACGCCGUUGCCCGAUACGAGAGUUACCUGCAACAUUCGGGGAGCUUCGGCGGCUUCAAUUGUUAGACUUGUCAGGGUGUCGUAUGAUUGAGGAGCUGCCUAUUGGGUUUGGGGGCAUGACUGAUCUAAGACGGCUACAUCUGUCCUGGACCCGUAGUCUCACGAGAUUCCCACCUCGAGCAUGGUCUUGUUUAAGCAAUCUGGAGGAGUUGUACAUCCAAGAAUGUGGCCUCCCAUGGUCCAUCGAGGAGCCUGGAGAGGCGGGUGGGGCAUAUUUGUUGGAGUUAACUCGCUUCAGUCGCCUGAGAUUUAUUGACAACUUAACCGUUACAGGUGUGGUAAAUUGGAAUUGGCUUGAGGAGUUAACCAGGAGCAUCCGGGGAUUGAGAAUAGAGGAAUCUACUAUUACAGAUGAUGCCUUGAUCACAUUGGAAAACUCCCCUGGCAUAAGGAUUUUGGUGUUUGUAGAAUGCCUGGGGCUGACACGCGCCCCCAACACCUUUGCAACUGACCUUGAGAUAGUAGGUUGCAGGGAAGUGAAGUGUGUGAUGGUGGGGGAGGAGGCGGGAGACGGUGCAUUCCGAUGCUUGGAGAAGUUGGCGCUUACGCGCUUGGAUGGAGUUGAGAGCAUAUGCAUUGGGGUGCCGUCUCAGGGAUCCUUCGCCAUCCUAAAACGACUGAGUUUGAGUUCAUGCUCAAGACUGCGGUCCGUCUUCACAACCGGCAUGCCGCAAAUGCUCACUAGUCUGGAAAGUGUGUUCAUCCAAGAAUGUGAUGAAAUGGAAAAAGUGAUAGAUGAUGAACAGGAGAUUGAAGAGGAUGCCUUCCCCAAUUUGGAAAGUGUGAUUCUUAGAUCGCUACCAAAAUUGAGAACCAUAUGCGGCCGCAACUUGAAUUGGCCAUCGCUGAAGGGGAUCGAUGUGGAGAAAUGUCCAAGUCUAACCAGGCUCCCUUUCGAUGCCCGCAGUGCACAAUGUCUAAAAUACAUAGGGGGAGAGAAGGAGUGGUGGGAGGGUUUGGAGUGGGCAGACCAAACCACCAAGUCCCGUCUCCAACCCGCCUACUUCUGGCACGAAAAAUGAAGUGUUCAGAGACACUCAAUGAGACAUUAAUAUCUAGAGGCAUCUGGUAAUUUUACUUUAUUUUAUUAGUUAAAAAUCCGUCUAUCUUUUUUUGCCUAUAGAUGUAGUUACAUAUGAAUUAUGUAAAGUUCAGUUGUUUUUUU